AUGGAUUCUAACCUUGAAGAAUGGCAUCGCUCCGCUGGUUUCACAGAUGCUCAGCAGCAAGCAAUCGCCGAAGCCCGGCAGCGCUUCCACACUGCUGGUGGCCCGACCACGCAACGCAUCAUCGAGAGGAUUGCGGUCGCGAUAACACAGACUUUCACUGACAGCGACGUGAUGGUUGAACGAUGGCCCUCACAUAUUCGAGUCCUCAUGAACAAGUUCUCUCGAUCUGCUGCCCAGCCUGCCAAAGAGUUCGAGUCAUGGGCACGACCGCGGGAUCAGGAGAAGCGGAAGCAGGCCCUGUCUGUAUGGACAUCAUUGCUGGCGUUUCUUAUCUUCAAUUGGAAGUCCUAUGGUGCAGACGGUGCCCUGGUGUCUAUGGGAUUGAACCUAUCUUGGACUCUCAAGGACGACAUCGAUACCAUUCGGUACUACGCCAAGUCAGGACGGUCACUAAAAGUUCUUGGUCAGAUGGCCAGUAUAUUCUUUGUGAAGAUGAUCAAGGAUGCUACGGCCACUCCUCAUACCAACCCGUUGGUCUGGUGGCUGGCUGUUUUGAUCCAGACUGAAGUACUGGGUGACCAACCCCGCUGGAAGCUGGCAGGCUUACAGGACACGCUGUCAUUCUCUCCGAAGCUGGAAGCCAUUGAUCAUUAUGCUCGAGUUUUGGUCUUGGAAGACGCCUUCUAUCGAGGCGACCUGAGCCCAGCCGAGAAAGAAGACCUACAGGAUUCCCUGAAUCAGGUCUCUAUCAGUUGGAUUGAUCAAGAUGCCGAGCGCCCUCCAGUCGACAGUCUCCAGAACCUCCUCCAAAGAGUCUCGCAUUAA